AUGAUGGUCGCUUGUCUGCUCCUCUUCAGUGUCUGGACCGUCGCGUCAGGCUCUGUGCAGGUGAUGCACACAACGGUCCAGUCGGUCCGGGUGGGAGGAAACGUUACUUUUUCAUGCCGGUUGGUCACAAAAGAAGAUGUGCUACAGGUGACCUGGCAGAAGGAGACAGACGGGGCUGAAGACAACAUAGCGACUUAUAGUACGAUGAACGGCAAAAAGAUAGCAAAGGGCUAUGUCGGUCACGUGAGCUUUGCCCACACUGAGUUACAAGUCUCAGCCAUCUCCCUUCAUGCUGUCACCCUCCAAGAUGAAGGAUGCUACAAGUGCAUCUUCAACACAUUCCCCUUGGGGGCUGUCUCCAGCAGGAUGUGUCUCAAGGUUUACGCCAUCUCGGACCCCAAAGUGGAGGCUAAGCUCAUACCCAGUCCAGACAAAGCGGAGGACUCUGAGAAAGUGGUGGGGAUGAGCUGCUCAGCAACAGGGAAGCCAGCUCCAAAAAUCACCUGGCACCUUCCCAGCAUCCUGCAGCAGAAACCAAGGGAGUACCACAUCAAGCUCGGCAACGAGACUGUGACCGUCAUCAGCAAUUUCACCCACGCCAACCCCAAAAUCCUCCAGGAGCACCCCAUUGCUUGUGUGAUCCAACACCCCUCUCUAAACGUGACCCUGGUCCUGCCGACGGACAGCCUGGAGCAGGGUCCAGACAGCAGCAUGGCACCGGCCGUUGCCAUUGCAGUGGGGGUGCUGGUCACCCUCACUUCCCUCCUCCUUCUCGCCUGCCUCCUCCGUCGCUGCCUCAGGCACCUACGUGACCCAGAGAGAAACCCAGCCCGGCCAUGCUGGGUCCUUCCUGCCUGUACUAAGGCCAAGAAGUGCGGGCAGUAUGGUGCUGCGGGCAGGCAGGCUCCCGCAAUGCCCCCCAGCCCCGGCCCACUGCUGAACACCUGA